AUGUUUGAGGGAUUUGUCAAUUUAACAAAAGACCUCCAAAAAGUGUACGAAGCUGAGCCAAACAAAGAAGUACUCACACUUGUUAUGUACAGACUUUCUACUCUAAUUGUUGAAAAAAUAGUUUUAAAUACUUCCUCUGAAGAAUGGAAAAAAUGUGACUUUUUAACCGAAUUAGAAAAUGCCAAAUCCAAUCCAGUCCAAUUAAAGUCGGUGUUAGUACAGAAGGAUUUUAAAGGAAGUAACUCAGUGAAUAUGGCACAUAAGUACCAAUUAAAAUUCAAUGUUUUAGUUCGCCUUUUAGACAACUUUUAUCAAUUCCAAGUUAAAGAAAACGCAUCAACACAAUUCAGACAAAUGUUUUUAAACUCAUUAAGUCUUUAUUAUAACCAAGAAAAGAACACAAUUUCAAUGAAAGAUAUUAAAGACCAAGUUCCUUACCCGGUUUUUAAAGAAUUUGACGACUUUGUCAAGUAUUGUGACGAUCAACAUGUAAGUAAAAUUGAAAUUUCUGGGAUAGUAUUCCCAGCAAUACCAACAUUAGAAAGUGAUGUAAGAUCAUACAAACCAAAUUACACAGUUGACGAUUUCCUUAAUCCACAACCACGACCAUUAAAAGAAGAACCUCCAAAGUCGAUGGGUGACUUAAAUAAAGUAACGGAUAGUCUCCAACGUGCUACCUUUGAUUGA